AUGAUGAUGAUGUCCCUGAACAGCAAGCAGGCAUUCAGCAUGCCGCACGGCGGCAGCCUGCACGUGGAGCCCAAGUACUCGGCCCUGCACAGCGCCUCGCCAGGCUCCUCCGCUCCCGCAGCGCCCCCGGCCAGCUCUCCGAGCAGCUCCAGCAACGCCGGCGGCGGCGGCAGCGGUGGUGGGGGCGGUGGAGGCCGGAGCAGUAGCUCCAGCAGCAGUGGCAGCAGCGGCGGCAGCGGCGGGGGCUCCGAGGCGAUGCGAAGAGCGUGUCUUCCAACCCCACCGAGCAAUAUAUUCGGCGGGCUGGAUGAGAGUCUGCUGGCCCGCGCUGAGGCUCUGGCGGCCGUGGACAUCGUCUCCCAGAGCAAGAGCCAUCACCACCAUCCGCCCCACCACAGCCCCUUCAAGCCGGACGCCACAUACCACACUAUGAACACCAUCCCGUGCACGUCAGCUGCCUCCUCGUCGUCGGUGCCCAUCUCGCACCCCUCGGCGCUCGCGGGCACGCACCACCACCACCAUCACCACCACCACCACCACCAUCAGCCGCAUCAGGCGCUCGAGGGAGAGCUGCUGGAGCACCUGAGUCCCGGGCUGGCCCUGGGUGCCAUGGCGGGCCCCGACGGUGCCGUGGUAUCCACGCCAGCUCACGCGCCGCACAUGGCUACCAUGAACCCCAUGCACCAGGCAGCACUCAGCAUGGCCCACGCGCACGGGCUGCCCUCACACAUGGGCUGCAUGAGCGACGUGGACGCCGACCCCCGGGACCUGGAAGCAUUCGCGGAGCGCUUCAAGCAGCGACGCAUCAAGCUGGGAGUGACCCAGGCCGAUGUGGGCUCUGCGCUGGCCAACCUCAAGAUCCCCGGCGUGGGCUCGCUUAGCCAGAGCACCAUCUGCAGGUUCGAGUCCCUAACGUUGUCGCACAACAAUAUGAUCGCGCUCAAACCUAUCUUGCAAGCCUGGCUCGAGGAGGCCGAGAAGUCCCACCGCGAGAAGCUCACCAAGCCCGAGCUCUUCAACGGCGCGGAAAAGAAGCGCAAGCGCACGUCUAUUGCGGCUCCCGAGAAGCGCUCGCUGGAAGCCUACUUUGCCAUCCAGCCUCGGCCCUCCUCGGAGAAGAUUGCGGCCAUCGCGGAGAAGCUGGACCUUAAGAAAAACGUGGUGCGCGUCUGGUUCUGCAACCAAAGGCAGAAACAGAAAAGAAUGAAAUAUUCCGCGGGCAUUUAG